CAUGUACAAUGUGGACGCGGUGAUUGGCUUAGUUGAAAAUCAGGAAGUGGAGGUUUAGUUCGCAGUACGGGAUUUUUAGCACAUCACUGCGGUGUUAUGGAAACACCUCUGCUUCCACGUGAGUCUGGCCGCUUCGUAGCAGAGCGCAGUCAGGACGUGUUUGUGGAGGAGGAUGGAGUUCAGAAGGUGGCAGAGAUGCUGUUCUCUCUGCGACACAGUGACGAUCUCACUGCCAGUGGCUGGAAAAAGGCAAACCUAUUGGCUCCAGAACCCACUUCAGAUGAGGCCUUGAACUGGGUGUUUGUGGUUGACACUAUGAAUUUCUCCUUCUGGCCAGAGAAUGAAGCUCAGCAGUGUGAGGUGACACACAGAGGGACCACAUACACAGGUUACAUGACCCUUUGUGCUGCAGUCACCAGGGCCAUGGAUGAAGGUAUUCCUAUCACUGAUCCAAAGUUUUUCUCUCAGAUCACCGCGGAGAAACUCAAACAUGUCCUUCGCUCUGACAAUGACACACCCAUGCCCAUGCUGGAGGAACGACACAAGGUGCUGACGGAAGGUGGCUGUGUGUUGCUAGAACAUGGCGGAAGUUUUCGUAGUUUUAUCAGCCAAGCUGGGAAGGACGCCCGGAAAAUGGUGGAGCUCAUUGUGCAGAAGAUUCCAUCUUACAGGGAUGAAACCACCUAUCAGGGGAAGAGAAUCUCCUUCCACAAGAGAGCUCAGAUCCUGGUGGCAGAUUUCUGGGGAGUGAUGAAGGCUCGAGGAAAGGGAGACAUCACUAACAUGGACUGGCUGACUAUGUUUGCUGACUACAGGGUCCCACAAGCUCUGGUCUAUCUUGGAGUACUACGGUACUCUGACACCCUGAUGCAGACCCUGAAGAAAGGUGAGCUGCUGUGUUCAGGAGACAGGAGAGAGGUGGAGAUCAGAGGUUGUUCCAUUUGGAGCGUAGAGUUGAUCAGAAAGCGACUGUGCAAACUGGUACAGGAGAAGGACGGACAGAGUUGUAACAUCACCUCUGCUGUCAUCGACUUCUACCUGUGGCCUUACGCCAAGCAACAUCACAGAGAGAUGGCACACAUUCCCAUACAUCACACUCGCUGUGUUUUCUACUGAUGAGCCGCCUGAAUGUCAUACACACUGCAGUAGGCUGUAUGUUUGAUCCUGUGCCAGCCAUAUGUACAGAUGGUGUUUUCUUAAAGCCACAGAAACAGGUUUGAAGCUGUAAUGAUGCUUGUUUGGUCAGUGUGGGUUGUAGCACCGUUGCCCAUUUAAUGGUCAUUAAAAUAUGUCCAGCAACAUGUUUUACACGGUCA